AUGUCUGAACGGGGCUCGUUCCGAGGGGGUCGCGGCGGUCGUGGAGGCCGUGGCGGCCAGGGCCAGCAGAAAAGUGGCGGUGGUGGCGGUGCACAGGAGAAGCCCAAGAAGGAAAACAUCUUGGACCUCAACAAGUACAUGGACAAGGAGGUCCAGGUCAAGUUCAAUGGCGGUCGUGAGGUCACUGGUAUCCUCAAGGGCUACGAUCAAUUGAUGAACCUGGUCCUCGACGAAGUCAAGGAGACCAUGCGUGACGAGGAGGGCAACACAAACACCCGCUCAAUGGGUCUGAUCGUUGCUCGUGGCACUCUGAUCGUACUGAUCUCGCCCGCCGAUGGCAGCGAGGAAAUCCCUAACCCAUUCUUGCAAGCCGAGGAAUAA